UAUAGUUCGUCUCCCUUGGACCCCAUCACUCAAGUAAACAAAUAGCUUGUUCGUUGAAGCCUCGGAGAGUGGUCUUGCAGAAAUUUUCAAAGGUUUCCAAAAAAGGAUAUUUUGGCUGCAACAAUGGAUGUGACAGACACAGAAGAAUUUUCAGAUGCAGAUAGUGCUACCGGAGAUGCAAGGAAUCGAUCUCUUAGUAUGUCUGAAAGUCAUUGUUCUGACUUUUCUGAUGCUGAUAACACUGAUUCCCGAGAUGUGAGUGAUUCUCAAUCCACACCUCUUGGCAGUGAUCCCCUUGCACAGCUUCUUGCAACUCCAGAGCAAGCAGUACGAGAAUGGACACCAGGACGAGACACAGAUGUUGACGUUGGGGAAAGUGCUGAUAUUCUCCUCCCAAAGCCAGCAACUCCACAACCCAGUAAUAACAGAUUAGAACGGGUGUUAGUCUCCAACUUUACUGAAGAUCAGCUCGACCGAUAUGAAAUGUUUAGAAGAUCAGCUUUCCCUAAGGCAGCAAUAAAAAGGGUUAUGCAGACUAUCACUGGCUGUUCUGUGUCACAGAAUGUAGUUAUUGCCAUGUCUGGUAUUGCAAAGGUCUUCGUUGGAGAGGUUUUAGAAGAUGCUUUAGAUGUUAUGGAAAUUGAAGGAGAAUCUGGCCCAGUACAACCCAAGCACCUACGAGAAGCUGUGCGUCGGAUAAGACGUCGCCCGGGGCAGCACAUUCCAACCAUGAAACAACAAAGGCCACUGUUCAGAAUAUGAGUCAGAAAGACAUAUUGUUAUGUGAAGGACACAAAGAGAAAUAUACCAGAAAAGGCCCUGUACAGUUUUGAGCUGAAUGGUCUGUUUCUGGAAUAAUUAAAGAAAAUGAAAGUUCAACUCAGUCAUUGAUCUUGAAGUAACAAUUAAGCCUAUUAGGGAAUAUUCAUUAGUAGUUCUUAAUGUUAUGGUGGUUUAUGGGUAACAUGAAAGAUGAUAAUGAAAUAUAGAUUAAUUUUUGAAUUAUAGAGAACCUUAUUUCAAUUUCAGUAUAUAUGACUGAAAACAAGAAUGAUGUAUAUGAAAUAAAUGUGUACAAAUAUUUAAACUUUUUUCAUAAUGAAAUAGAGGUACUACCAAA